CCCUUGGCUUGUUCUCCACUACGCUUCUGCCUGAUCCCAACCUGCGACUGCUCUUUACUGACUUUGGCUUGUUUACUGACCACGUUUCUAUUUGAUCCUUACCUGCUUAUACGCUACUGGACCUCCGCUUGCUCACCUCCUGCCAAAUCCAUCUCCAACAUCAGAAGCUCUGGUGAACACCGGUUGUACUUGGACUCCGAACCUCAGGUGAUCCCACUCCUCCGCCACGGUGACCUGCCUGUGUACCUAUCCUGCUGGUUUCAGGUAAGCCUUUCCACUGCCAUAGCAACUGGUCUUUGAGCCUGACCCCUGAUCCUGACAGGUACCUGAAU